CGUUGCCUGCUGGUAGUUGUAGUCCCAGCUCGGCCCGCCGCGAGCUCCCUCUCUGGGACUGAGACUACGAAUCCCAGCAAGCACCGCAGGGGACAGGCUUUCCGGUCUGAUUUCUGACGUUCCCCGCCGCCCCCACGCACCCGCCCCGCCACUGAAUCGGAAGUUCCCGGGUGCAGUUGCGUGGAAAUGGGCACGGGUGGGCGGAGUGGGCUACGGCCGGGCAAGGGGAACCCAGAAGGGGUGGCCGCGGGCAAGGGGAAUGCGGAAGGGGUUGCAGCAGCGCCUACUGCUGCCUCGGCGCCCUGCCAGUACAGGUGCAUCGAAUGCAACCAGGAGGCCAAGGAGUUGUACCGAGACUAUAACCACGGAGUGCUGAAGAUAACCAUCUGCAAAUCCUGCCAGAAACCUGUAGACAAGUAUAUCGAGUAUGAUCCUGUUAUCAUCUUGAUUAAUGCUAUUUUAUGCAAAGCCCAGGCCUACAGGCAUAUUCUUUUCAAUACUAAAAUAAACAUGCAUGGAAAACUCUGCAUAUUUUGUUUGCUUUGUGAAGCAUACCUGAGAUGGUGGCAGCUUCAAGAUUCAAACCAGAACACUGAUCCUAAUGACUUCAUCAGAUAUGCCAAGGAAUGGGAUUUCUAUAGAAUGUUUGCAAUUGCUUCUCUAGAACAAACUGCCUUUUUUAUUGGCAUUUUUACUUUCCUGUGGAUAGAACGACCAAUGACAGCGAAAAAAAAACCCAACUUCACUUUGCUGCUGAAAGCAUUAUUAUUAUCCAGCUAUGGAAAGCUCUUGCUCAUUCCAGCUGUCAUUUGGGAGCAUGACUACACGCCCCUGUGCCUCCGACUCAUUAAAGUAUUUGUCCUUACAUCAAAUUUUCAGGCAAUUAGAGUGACCCUGAAUAUCAGCCGGAAGCUCUCCUUUCUGGCCAUCUUGGGUGGCUUACUGAUGGAAAGCACCAUGGUCUACCUCUUCCAGAGAAUGGAAUGGGAUAUGGGAAGUGAUUGUGCCAUCUAUAAAUCUCAAGACUUUUGAAAAGUUGGAUUCUUUAUUAUUUGUGGCAUGACCAACUGCGUCCGAAGAAGAGAAGACAUAAAGUACAAAGCAAGCUCCUCAUUUGUGUUGAGCAAAAUGAGGCAAAGAUUUGGAUACACUUCCUGAAAAAGAAAGCGAUGGUUAUGGCAUUGGAAACCCCCAUCACUAUGACACACCCCCCCCCCACCCCCCCA